GUAAAUCAAACCUCCAACAGUAUACAAAUUUGUAUAUAUAUGAAUUUCGAAAAUCCCUUCACUCUCCCUUCACACACACAAACUGAGUUCUUCCAUUCUAACUCUCUAUACCGCAACAAUACCUUAUCCAGCAGCUAAUCUCUUAAUUCUCAGGUACGGAAAAAGAAGGGUUUGAACGGAAAAUCCUCUGGAGCAAGCUACAUUCGAAAAAAUGAUGGAACACAGAAGAAGCCCCGUCUCUCUUGAGCAGAGUAGCCUUGCAGAUUUUACCUCAAAACGACAUAAAGCCGACCUCUCUCUCUCUUCCAAGCAAAAGAAAGAGAAGGUUAGUGAACGAAUUUCAGCUCUUCAACAGCUCGUCUCACCCUUCGGAAAGACAGAUACUGCAUCAGUCCUUCUGGAGGCAAUGGAAUACAUAGGAUUCCUUCACGAACAAGUUAAGGUUUUGAGUGCUCCAUACCUUUAUAGUACGCCAACCAAUGAGAACUCAAUGGACAUGGAGCCAUAUAGCUUGAGAAGCAAAGGGUUAUGUCUUGUGCCAAUUUCAUUUACUGCUGGGGUUGCUAGCAGCAAUGGUGCAGAUAUUUGGGCACCGAUUAAGACCAGAAGGCCCGUCUCAGAUGAAGAUUCAGUGAUAACUCAUUGUUGAGGGAGUAUCGGCCCCAAACUCAUAAAGCUAUGAAGUUACCUGGUGCAAGUUUACAGCGCAGAAUCCCUCAUAAAUGAGUGUUCUAGGCAAACUUAGGGCCGAGUUGCAGCUGAGGACUAAAUAGUUCGAAAGCUACUGGUAUUAGAUCCUAUCCUAAUGUUAUUGUAUGUAACGAGAGAUAAGUUCAUAGGUAAAUCGACGAAGAAAAGAGUUUUUCUUAUGAUCUGUGGGAAGAUGAUGAAAAAUUCUAUAUUCCCAUGCACGCUGGAAUGCUGCCUGAAGUUUAUAGCGUUAACAUUGAAGUGUGUCUAUUUGAAAAGAUUAUCGUAGUCGGACUUUGAAAUGAAAGACUCUUGCUAACGGAAUCUUAGGAAUGAAAGUACUCUGUAUCACCAAAUUUGUCGUCAUGAAUUAAGAGAAAACAUUAAUGAUCGUAUGUA